CCUCUAGUGCCCAGGUGCUGGGCCUGACAGCUAGAUCCUGGGAACAACUGGAUCUGGGUGUUCUGUCUUCAUCUGACUGUGCCUGCUGGCUCCAGCUUUCUGUUGUGGCUUUAUGGCAUCUGAUUUCUUCUUUGCUCCUCUUUGCAGGUCCGGUCCUUCAACGGGGCGAGACCAUGAAUCCCCAUCCUCGGCGCAUCCGCCUGAAGCCCUGGCUGGUGGCCCAGGUGAACAGCAGCCAGUACCCAGGUCUGAGCUGGGUGGAUGCUGAGCAGAAGCAGUUUUGCAUCCCCUGGCGCCACGCCACACGGCACAUCCCCUGCCAGGAUGACGAGAACACCAUCUUCAAGGCCUGGGCCAAAGAAACGGGCAAAUACAACGAGGGCGUGGAUGAGCCGGAUCCGGCCAAGUGGAAGGCCAACCUGCGCUGCGCCUUGAACAAAAGCCGUGAGUUCAGCCUGAUCUACGAUGGGACCAAGGACACGCCCAUGCGACCCUACAAGAUUUAUGAGGUCUGCGAUGCACCCCAGUCCAACGGAGAGAGCUUUGCUGGAGACGAGCCCACAGUGGGAUGUGAAGAGGAGGAGGAGCUUCAGAAGAUGAUGCCCACCCUGAGGAUUGCAGAUCCAUCGCAUGCUGCAGAGCCCCUGCCGCCCUAUCCGUGGCUGAAGGAAGAGACCGUCUACCCCAACCCAUGUGGCAAUGGGGCUUUCUCCCACUUGGCACACCCGGAGGUGGGGCCCAUACCCCCUGCGCCAGCUCCCGUGGGGGCCUUUGUGGUUGGAGUGGAGCGCCCGGCACCCAACUUUGCCAAAUCCGGGGGCCAGAUGCCGCUGGUCCCUGAGGGCAUGGCCAUGCCAGGAAACCUGGAGCCCCUAUCCGAGGGGGGCUGCCCUGGAGCACCCAUUGAGCAGUUCAUCCCGAAUUUAUUGAUCAGCCCCCACAUGCUGCCACUGACCGACCUGGAGAUCAAGUUCCAGUACCGCGGCCGCCCGGUGGGGGCCCUGACCAUCAGCAACCCGCAUGGCUGCCGCCUCUUCCACAGCCACCUGGAGCCCACGCAGGAGCAGGUGGAGCUCUUUGGGCCGGUGACCCUGGAGCAGGUCCGCUUCCCCAGCGCCGAGGCCGUGCCCAACGAGAAGCAGCGCUACUACACCCACCAGCUGCUGGACGUCCUGGACCGGGGCCUCAUCCUGGAGCUGCAGGGGCAGGACAUCUACGCCAUCCGGCUGUGCCAGUGCAAGGUGUUCUGGACUGGCCCCUGUGCCGGAGAGCUGGCUGGCCCCAAUUCCAUUGAGCGAGAGAAGAAGGUCAAGCUCUUCAGCCUGGAGAGCUUCCUCAACGGACUCAUCAUGUUUCAGAAAGGCCAGACCACCACCCCUCCUCCCUACGAGAUCUUCUUCUGUUUUGGAGAAGAGUGGCCGGACCAGAAACCGAAAGAGAAAAAACUGAUCAUGGUCCAGGUGGUACCAGUGGCUGCUCGGCUCCUGUUGGAAAUGUUCUCUGGAGAGCUGUCCUGGUCGGCCGACAGCGUCCGCCUGCAGAUCUCCCACCCGGACCUCAAAGACAAGAUGGUCCUGCAAUUCAAAGAACUGCACCAGCUCUGGCAAACGCAGCAAAGCAUGCAGGUGCCCCACCUGGAGGCAGUAGGGCCCAGCAGCUGGGAGAUGCAGACCAGCAGCAGCAUGCAGCAGUGAGAUGCCAUCCCCGCCCCACCCCGUCUGGUGGGAUUUUCACGGCACCACCCCUUUGUGCACUGCAAUGUCCAACCGGGCCCAUCCAAAAUCAGCCCCACUGAGC